AUCUCGAAAAAAUCUUUUAAGCGAAUUGUCGAAGCUAUUAAAGGCUUCGAUGACCUCGAUCCUAUCCUUAUCAAAUACAUCGAGCAAUAUGAAAAUUGCUUUCGACGGUAUAAAUUUCUAACGUUUCCAUCCAUUCUGUAUGAGCUACUAUCGUAUAUGAUCUCGAUCAAGAUCCACCUAGAAACAGAUUAUUCCAGCUGUUUUCCCCAGACGUCUCGACGACACCUCGUGUAUCUGAAAAUGGAAGAAGAAAUAACAGUUCGAAUAGAAGAGAACGCGUCGAAACCUGAACAGAAAUUGAGUCCGAUAACGUACGUAUCUUGGUUGCUCGGUGUCGGAGUAGCUCGACCACGAAACUCUCCGAAAUCGGUUACGAUCAUCCUUCGUUUCAUCCAUUUUGGUGUAUGUUCGGUGAUCGUCGCUUUCAGCGCGAUGGAUUUCGUUAAUUUUGGCAAAGUGUUCACCAGCAAACUGUUCGAAAUCAUGUACUGGAUAAACGAGACAGUAUGUCACGUAGCGUCGUAUUAUUACGUCUGUCACGUGAUACAUCAUUACGAUAAAUGGCCCGAAUUGAUGAAGAAACUCGAAUCGUUGGAUCUGCAUAUCGGUAAAGAAAUAUCGAUCGAUGACGGAUCAGUGAUGAUCAGACAAAUUCUAGCUAUUCUGACGGUCUGCCUUUUCGGUCCUGUCUCGCUGAUCGUUCAUGUCCUUUAUUAUUAUUUCACCGCACCGGAUCAGAUUUUCGCAUCGGAUUUGUUGCUUUAUUACACGAUCGCGCAGACGCUGGUCAAUAGUUUCGUGUUCGACGUUAUCGUCUACAUGAUUUGUUUGAGAUUCAGAGCGAUCAAUCGAAUGAUCGAGAAAUUGGACGAAGGAGAUGGCGCGCAUUGGACCGCGUUCAAGAUAAGAAGAAUCAGACGGCUGCACAACGAAUUAUGUUCCAUAACAAUGUCCAUAAACGAGAUUUACGGUAUAGAUCUGCUGAUAUGUUCGACUAAUUCCUUCAUAAUGGUCGUCGCAAAGUUAUUUAGAAUUUAUAUGAGUGCCGCGGAACACAAGGACGGCUUCAUAUUCAUAAAUAACGUCAUCUGGAUGAUCUACGGAGGCCAAUUCAGUAUAAUGUGCUGGGUCUGCACAUUGACUCACAGAGAGAUAAAUAAAAUUAGUUUAUCUAUAAGCCAAUUUGCUUUGAAUGUUCGACGCUCGGCGAAAUUCGAUAGACUUACGUUUUAUAAUAAUUUUCGGAACAGAGAAUCGGAACAAUUAGAAAUCUGUGGAGAUAACGCCGUGUUAAAUUUAAACGGUUUCGGAAUCGAGAACUUGCUCAGAACAAAUUUUGAACGCGAAUGCGUCAGGAACGAAAUCAACGACUUCUCCUUGCAAUUACAACAAUAUCGUAUCGCAUUUACGGCUUCCGAUUUCUUCGAAAUGGACAAUUCGUUGCUUACAAGAUUUAUCAGCGUUAUCACUACGUACUUGAUUAUUCUCGUCCAGUUCUACAAACCCGAGCAUUUUUGAAGAAUUACCAAAAAUAUACGAAAAUACGAAUACGAGUAUGCUGCCAUGGAAAACGACGAAAAAACUACUCAACUUUUCUUUUAUGUAACAAAUUCUAUUUAAUUAAAUUAAAAUACUAUUACAGAAUUACAGAAAAAAGUCUGUUCUCAAAACCUUUGUAUAUUACACGUAUUUUAAGAAAGCGUAGAAAUAUCGGUGAUCAUGACUGUACAAAAAUAUAUGUGUAUGUAUAUGCGUGUUAAACAACUAAACGAAAACGAGAAAUGAUAAAUGAUAAACGAAAUAUGACGGUUUCGGUGCUAUGGA